AUGCCCAUCAAGCUGUUCGACCUCGUGCCUCAGCCGGGCGGCGUCUUCUUCUCGCCCUCUUGUCUUCGCACUCGCCUCGCGCUCAUCCACAAACAGCUGCCGUUCGAGGUCGAGGAAGUCACGUACCACGACUUGCGCUUCAUCUGGAAGGACAAGCUCGGCGUGCAGAAGGCGACGGCUCCCUUCAUUCAACGGGAGGAUGGCUCGUAUUCGAUGGACAGUGACGACAUAGCGGCGUAUCUCGACAAGGAGUACCCAGACAGGCCAAACUUGUUCCUCCCCGACGCUGGUUCGCCCGUCGACCUCGACUCUGCGGAAUACUCGACGGCAAGGCAGGGUGCUGCAGACUUCGCAAAGGUGGCACCGCCGAAGGCGCUUUUCAGCCUUUACGCUCCUCGCAUAGCCAAGUUGCUCGACACAGAGACACGAGCAUAUUGGACCAGCGACGCACGCCUCGGGCAAGGCGUUUGGGCGUACAUCUCGUCGAGGACGGCUGAGGAUGAAGCUAAAGUCGUUCAGCAGCUGCAGACGCAGAUAGCGACACUGACGGCUCGCCACCUUGCCAGCAGCGGGCUAUUCUUCUCCUCACCUUCGAAGCCGGGCUACGCAGACUUUACCAUUCUGUCCGGCUACCGCCUCAUCCGCUCCGUGUCUGCCAAACUGGCGCACGACAUCUUCGACGUCGACGAGCGCUUUGCCGGCUGGCUCGAGCGCAUGAAGGAAGCAUACCCGAUGCCAGAGGUGUGGGAGAAGGACCCGGGGGCGUAG